UAUUUUCCAUCUAAAUCAAAAAAGAAAGAUAUAUUUUUAGUUUCUGUAAUGGAUGAUUUCUGACUUUGGGAUGCCUCUAUUUUUCUCCUCCCAAGAUACAAGAUCCGCACUUUCCCCCUAAAUCAGAAAAAAGAAAAAAGAAAUAUUUUUAAUUUCUAUAAUAAUGGAUGAUUUCUGACUUUGGGAUGCCUCUAUUUUUCUCCUCCCAGGAUACAAGAUCUGCAUUUUCCCCCUAAAUCAGAAAAAAGAAAUAUUUUUAGUUUCUAUAAUGGAUUGAUUCCUGACUUUGGGAUGCCUCUAUUUUUCUCCUCCCAGGACACAAGAUCCGCACUUUCCCCUUAAAUCAGAAAAAGAAGAAAUAUAUAUAUAUUUAGUUUCUAUAAUGGAUUGAUUUCUGACUUUGGGAUGCCUCUAUUUUUCUCCUCCCAGGAUACAAGAUCUGCAUUUUCCCCCUAAAUCAGAAAAAAGAAAUAUUUUUAGUUUCUAUAAUGGAUUGAUUUCUGACUUUUGGAUGCCUCUUCUUUCCUCCUCCCAGGACACAAGAUCUGGAUCGGGACUGCUUUGCGAACCUUUUGUGCUUCAAGGAGAAUCAUUGCAAAGGAAAAAGGCUGCAUUUUCAAGGAAAGUUUCUAACAGAGGAGGGGUCUCUCUAAACUUUUCCAUAUGGACCUGGAGAGUGCGAUCUCCUCCUCCCCUUUCUAGAGCAAAAACAGACGGCGGCUUUGAGAGAGAAAUGGGUCUGGCUCCACGCUCUUAUUAAUGUGGAUAUUUUCCUCCCGUCUUGCACGAGGAUUGUAUUUUUCCAUUUUUCGGAAAGAAGAAGCAAAUCUCUCCUUCUGUCUGUGUCUGGAUUCCGCCGCUGCCAGAUGAAGUUCUCCUGUUGGGAGGAUUAAUUUUGAUUUUUCUUUCAUGACUCUGCCUGGGAUCGGGGGAUUAAGGGCGUCUCUGGGAUCCCUGAAGCCGCUGGGGGGGACUCUGCCCUCCCACCGAGACCCCCGAGAGAGAGGAGACGGAGGCCGGACCCCUCCGCUGAGACCCCCGGAGCCAUGCGGGGCUGGCUUCUUUGCCUCUGGGUGCCCCUCGCAGCCCUGGCCGUGGAAGAAAGCCUCAUGAACACCAAGCUGGAAACGGCGGACCUGCGGUGGACUACAUAUCCCCCAGAUGUAGGCCAGUGGGAAGAGCUGAGUGGGAUGGACGAGGAGCAGAACAGUGUCCGGACCUUCGAGGUGUGCGGCGUGAGGGAACCCAACCAGAACAACUGGCUGCGGACCACCUUUGUGCCUCGCUCGGGGGCCACGCACGUCUACGCUGAGCUGCGCUUCACAGUCGUGGAGUGCUUCUCCAUCCCAAAGGUCACCCGCUCCUGCAAGGAGACCUUCAAUGUCUUCUUCUACGAAGCCGAUGCUGACGUAGCCGAUGCCUCCUUCCCGCCUUGGAUGGAGAAUCCCUAUGUCAAGGUGGACACCGUGGCGGCCGAGCACCUGACCCGCAAGCGGAUGGGCAUGGAGGCCUCCGGGAAGGUCAAUGUGAAGACGCUGAAGAUUGGGCCGCUUUCCAAGGCGGGCUUCUACCUGGCCUUCCAAGAUCAAGGGGCCUGCAUGGCCCUCCUCUCCGUCCGGCUCUUCUUCAAGAAGUGCCCCUCGGUGACGGUCAACUUCACCCACUUCCAAGAGACGGUGCCGCGGGAGCUGGUCAUGCCCGUCAGCGGUCAGUGUGUGGCCCACGCCGUCAAGGUCAGCGCUCGGCCCCUCAGCAUGUACUGCCGGGAGGACGGGCAGUGGGCCGAGCAGACCAUCACCGACUGCACCUGCGGGCCGGGGUACGAGCCCUCCGAGGAGAACACCAAGUGCCGAGCCUGUGCGCCAGGGAUGUUCAAGCCCACCCAGGGCGAGGGGGCCUGCCAGCCCUGCCCCUCCUACAGCAACUCCCAGGUCCCGGGUUCCAGCGAGUGUGCCUGCCGGGUGGGCUUCUUCCGGACGGAGAAGGACCCCGUGACCAAAUCAUGCACCACCACGCCGUCCGCGCCCCGCAGCAUCGUGGUCAAGAUCAACGGCUCUGUGGCCGUCCUGGAGUGGAGCGAGCCACUGGAGAACGGCGGGAGGGACGACGUGGCCUACCACGUCCUCUGCACCGAGUGCCCCGAGCACCAGAGCUGCCGGCUGUGCUCCCGCCUGGUCUUUGCCCCCCGGGCGCGGGGGCUGGUGGAGCGGACGGUCACGGUGGAGGGGCUCCAGCCCUACGUCACCUACACCUUCCAGAUCCAGGCCGUCAACGGCGUCUCGGAACUCAGCCACAACCCGCCUCACUCCGACUCCAUCAACGCCUCCACCAACAAAGAUGUUCCGCAGCCAGUUUCUGAGAUUGAGCAAACGUCUGUCAGUCCCAAUGGGGUGACCUUGGCCUGGCCACCUGUCCAGCCGCCCACUGGGACCAUCUUGGACUACGAGGUCAAGUACUAUGAGAAGGGCGUCGGGGGCCCCAUGUUUGUCAAGACGUCCAAGAGCCGAGUGACCCUGACCGGCCUUCGCCAAGGAGCAACGUAUGGCGUCCAGGUCCGAGCACGAUCCGAGGCUGGCUAUGGCGGAUUUGGACCGGAAAGUGCCUUCCAGACCCAAGGCAAUGAGCUGGGCGGAGGCACGGAGAAGCUGGCCCUCAUCGUGGGCACCGCAGCCCUGGGGGCCCUCCUGGUCCUGGCCGUGGUCAUCGUCGCCGUGGUCUGCCUCCGGCGUCAGGGUUCCUCCAGGUCACGAGAGGCGGAAUAUGCGGACAAGCCAGGACAAUACCUGAUUGGACAUGGCACCAAAGUCUACAUCGAUCCCUUCACUUAUGAGGAUCCCAACGAAGCCGUGCGGGAGUUUGCCAAGGAGAUUGACGUCUCGUAUGUCAAAAUCGAGGAAGUCAUUGGGGCAGGGGAGUUUGGGGAGGUGUGUCGCGGGCUCCUGAAGGUCCCCGGCAAGAAGGAGAUCUACGUGGCCAUCAAGACGCUCAAGGGGGGCUACACGGAGAAGCAGCGGCGGGAGUUCCUGAGCGAGGCCAGCAUCAUGGGGCAGUUCGAGCACCCCAACAUCAUCCGCCUGGACGGAGUCAUCACCAGCAGCGUCCCCGUCAUGAUCGUCACCGAGUUCAUGGAGAACGGGGCCCUCGACUCCUUCCUGCGGCUGAACGACGGCCAGUUCACCCCCAUCCAGCUGGUGGGCAUGCUGCGGGGAAUCGCCUCUGGCAUGCGCUACCUCUCGGACAUGAGCUACGUCCACCGGGACCUGGCCGCCCGCAACAUCCUGGUCAACAGCAACCUGGUCUGCAAAGUCUCGGACUUCGGUCUCUCCCGUUUCCUGGAGGAGAACUCCUCGGACCCCACCUACACCAGCUCCCUGGGAGGGAAGAUCCCAAUCCGGUGGACGGCGCCUGAAGCCAUUGCCUUCCGCAAGUUCACCUCCGCCAGUGACGUCUGGAGCUACGGCAUCGUCAUGUGGGAAGUGAUGUCCUUCGGGGAACGGCCCUAUUGGGACAUGUCCAACCAGGAUGUGAUCAACGCGAUUGAGCAGGACUACCGCCUGCCGCCACCCACGGACUGCCCCACUUCGCUGCACCAGCUGAUGCUGGACUGCUGGCAGAAGGACCGCAACGCCCGGCCCAGGUUCGCCCAGAUCGUCAACUCCCUGGACAAGCUCAUCCGCAACCCGGCCAGCCUCAAGAUCGUCUCCCGGGGCAAUGGAGGGCCGUCCCACCCUCUCCUGGACCAGCGCCUGCCCCACUAUUCCUCCUUCGGCUCCGUCGGGGACUGGCUCCGCGCCAUCAAGAUGGGACGCUACGAAGAGAACUUCGCCAACGCCGGCUUCACCUCCUUUGAACUGGUCAGCCAGAUGUCCACUGAGGACCUGCUCCGGGUCGGGGUGACUUUGGCCGGGCACCAAAAGAAGAUCCUUUCCAGCGUCCAGAACAUGCAGCUCCCCAGCAAAUCAGGACCCUCGGUUGGACCCAAGGCCGGACAUUACUGACCCAAGAGCCUGGACGGACGUGAAUGGGGUGUCGUGGGUUUCCCUGAGACUCUGCUGAAGAGGAAUCCCGUGGGGACAUGGCUGCCGGCUCCCCCUCCUUCUCUCCCGCCCCCCUUUGCCCCCUUGAACCCCCUUUUCAGAUGAAGGGUCCUUCCGUCCGGCCCAUCCGCUCCUGUCGCCUUUCGUUCCUCCUCCUCCUUCCAAAGGGCUGCCGAGGGGUCUGACUCUCAAACUGGUGGUGAAAAGAGCAGGAAAACAAACGGGUCUUUUUGCUCGAGGACUGAAGGAGCCCUCGUUGUUUUCUGUCUGUCCUUUGCGUUGACAUCCAGGUGUCGUAUGUUAGGACUCUCCUUUCGGAGAAGCCCCUGAAACACACCGGUGCUUUCACGUCUUCCGAACCUUUCAGAAACCCGGAAAUGCCAAAGAUGGCCUCCCUGACCUCCGUUUCCUACACUGUGAUUCUAGAUUUCCUACACAGACAUUCCCCGUUUGGGGUUUAACCAAGGAAAAAACGAGUUCUUCCAUGAAUACAGUCUUGUGGACGCUGGGAAUCCCAAAUGGUGCCACCACGCUUUGUCUCGCUGUCGUGAGUGAAAAAUCACCAGAAGCCUUACUCAAAACUUUUGUUUUUUACGGCAGGGUUUGCCGCCCUCCUGUCUCCUCAGUGUUGGGAACGGGACGUUGUUUGAUCCCAAAUGGAGAAGACGGAAGGGAUUGGGGUCCCGGUAUGCCCAACUUCCAUGGCCCGAAAGCCAAAGAUGGAGUCAACGUGGGCAUUUUCAUGGUGAACAGCCCACAUUUUCCCAUGAUGUUAUGACACAAAAAUCAAGCGGUGGUAUGACGUCAUCAAAGCAAGGAUGUGACACCGUUCCCUCCGGCCAAUGAGAAUGAAGCCACAACUGUUGUGGUGACGUAACCGUGCGACAAUCAGAAACAACGGUGCACUUUCUGAUGAGAUGAUAUCACAAAGGACGAGUUUGGAUCUGUAAUAUCUCUCGCUGCCUUUUGGAAACCAUCUUGGAAGACUAUUCCAGGCGCUGGCUUACGAUGUUCUCAACUUGGGACUGUGAGAACCCGACGGUGAUGUGGUCUAUGAUGUCAUAUCUCCGACUUUGCAGGGAGCAAAAACCGGACCUGGCUUUGAAUGACAUUGAAAUCAUGUGCCUCCGCCGGGUGCUGAUCGAUGAUGUCACAGGAUCGGACCUGUGAUGUCAUAAGCGCCGCUUCUUUUGUAUUGUUCUUUAACCUUCAUAUUGAAGGCAGUGAUGUUACUUUUUAUUAAAAAAACCAACAAUGUAUCAUAUAAACCAAAAUGAAGGGAACGUUGCCAAGACCUUUGGGCUA